GGCUGACGUCAAGGUCGCUUCUAUGUCCAUCGGCCUGCGGCUAAGCUGCUAGUUAAUCUUUAAAGUUCUAUCACUGUCAUGCUGAUGGAGGAUUCAAGUUUUGAAGAUGAGUCUGGUGAUGAACAUGAUGGUUAUGAUCCUGUUCGCAGCCGGAUUGUGGAUAAUCAAAAUGUAUCAUAUAAACCUAGAUAUGUUCCUUCUGAAGCUGAUGAAAAUUCGGGCUCUGACGAUCUAAGUGAUGAUCUGGAAGAUCACUUAUCUUAUUCUCAUAAUCCUCCACAUUCUCCAGUUGAUUCUUCGAGUGAGCAUUCGAUCGUUAAAUCUGAACAAAAUCAUUUUUCGGAGAAUCUGGAUUACGAUAGGGAAUAUCACGUUGAACCUGUUGUGGAUGUCACUACCCCAGGUUAUGCUCCAAGUCAGGCUUUAACUCCCGAAUCCAGUCCUGCCCUGAGUUAUUCCGGAAGUGAACAUGCAUCAGAUGUAAAUGUGACUAGGAAAACUGAUCCAAAUAUUUCUAGUGAAGUGCAUCAGGAAGAUGAAGUCGAACACGAGAGCAACGAUGACUCAGAGUCUGUAAGCGAAAAAGAUCAGCAAGAGUUUCAUCAACAGGAAGUCGAUGAAACUCCUCAAGUGAAUUCUGUAGAGAAAUAUCCCACAACCAAGCAUAAUUCUCCUAUCGAAUCACUCCAGUAUAAUAAUUUCCCUGACAUUUUUGAAGAUCAUGAUGAUGAUCAAGAUCAAGGUAAAUUCAAUGAAGACUUCGAAGGUUUUGAGAGAGAUGAACAACCAGAAUCUCAAGUGGAUGGCAUCAUAGCAGAUAUAUUUGGCGAAAGUGAUGCAGAAGAAGAAUUUGAGGGCUUCGCCGAAAAUGAACUGGACAAAGGUAUUGAAGAGGAGGUUGAAGUUCAAACAUCUAGUGAGUUAGUAACAAAAAAAGGUCCCCUUACGACAGCUGGAGAAAACGAAGGGGAUGAAGAGUCUGAACAUGAUGAUGAGUUCGUUUCCGACUUCGACCGGAUAAUGGAAAAAAAGAAAGAAGAAUCACGACGAAGACGUAGACGUAAUAGGGAUAUUGAAUUCCUUAAUGAUAGUGAUGAUUUGAUUGUUGAAACCAUUUCUCGAAUGAAAAGUGCUGCCGAUGAAGACAGACAGUUACUUACAGCUAGUCGACCAGCGACCAAGAAACUGAACAUGCUCAAAGAAGUAUUAGCUAUUCUUAGGCGGGCUGACCUGAAAUCCGCCUUAAUAGAAAAUGGGAUGCUUUCCGCUAUAACUGAGUGGCUAUCCCCUUUACCUGGCCAUACACUCCCGAAUCUCGUUAUUCGUGACUCUAUGUUGACUAGUCUCAGUGAGUUCCAGUCACUGUCAUCUGAAGUUCUUCAAGAAUCCGGUAUCGGGAAAGCCUUGAUGUAUUUAUACAAACACCCGAGAGAAACUCGAGAAAACAAGGAUAGAGCUGGAAGACUUAUUAAUGAAUGGCUCCGACCCAUAUUCAACUUGACUAGUGACUAUCGAACUCUCACUAAGGAGGAACGUAAACAGCUAGAUUAUGAACAUUUACCUAAGCGGAGAAACAUCGAUAACGAGGCCUACAACCAUCGGGACAUUAACCGUGAAUUGGAUGGUGAAGCCAAAGGACUUUUGAGGCCUGGCGAUCCUGGAUGGGUUAAUAGAGCCCGAGUUCCUCAACCGUCAAAUAAAGAUUAUAUUAUCCGACCAAAAUGGCGUGUUCGAGAGAAUGCUACUGGGGAUGAUAAUGAUGAAGAGGGAAAUGAUGAUCAGACAGAACAAUCUCAGUCACUUUCUCGAAAGCAUCGAAAAACACGAACAUCUGGUUUUGGAGCUACAUCACGAAUUGAAAGUCAUAUUCGAAAUUUAAGUAAUAGUGCUCGUAAAAGUCAUGCCAAAGCUGCUCGUGCAGUUCCAAUGAGUAUUGAAGGUCGUAAUAUGUCAUUGUGA